AUGAAUUUUUUUCGUUGCAAUUGCACCAAUAUUGAAUAGGGAUUAGACUUACCUAAUAGUAAUCUCUUUAUUGAACAAAUUAUCUUGCAUUCAAUCAAUUAAGAUGAGGUUAUAUCUUUAACAAUGGAUCUUAAUAUAAUUUUGGAAGGAAUCAAAUUAAACAGGGAGAAGGAUUGUCUUUUAUUACAAGAUCUCAAGGAUUUCAAAGAUGAUAUUCAUUAUACAUUAACAAAAUUGAAUUGA